AUGUCGGGUGGUGCUGGAGUCGAGAAUGGGGAUAAUGGCGCUACGCCUCCGUGCUUUUGCCUCGUCUUGGCGGAGCCCGAGGCGAUGGAGCUUGCGGUGUGGGUGCGAGACAUUGUGGCGGAGCGCUCAAGACUGCCUCUAAUACAGGUGGUGUUGCGCGACGUGGGUGCGGCGUCCGAGGACGGUAGUCGCUUUUGCUCCGCCGUGCUGCUAGCGUUGGAGGAUGUGAUGAGAGACACUGCCCUCCCGGCCGGUGACACGGGCGGCGCUGUCUCCGCCAAGACGGCGAAGGUGCGCUGUCUUGUCAUUGCGGUGUUUUGGGACGGCCAGAGCGAGACUGUCAAGGCGGACUUUACGCAACUGCGACAGCUUGCGGAGACGAAGAAAAGCACCGAUGCCAAUGCUGCUAGCGGCAAGAGUGAGGGGAAUGGUGCGGGUGGCACGCGUCCAAAUGUUCUGCAGACUUCGGAGGUGCGGUUUAUUGUGCAGGUGCUCAACGCCAAGAAGGGCGAGCACACACUGAAAGAAAACAGCGAGGCACUGCUGAGUACUAUUCGCAAAAAAUUGAUGCCCACCAACGCUGUGCGGUAUGUUGACCCACAAAACAGUGAGGGACUGGUGUCAAGCAUGGAUAAACUUGCGAUGGUGUCUUCUGCGACACUACCAGCCUCAUGCGGAGCGAAAGGAACCAUCAUAGGAAAGGAAGAACUGAGCGAGGCGGCCAUCGCGGCGAGGAUCACGGAGGGUCAAGGUGAAUGUUUUGUUCUUGUUUCUAGUUGUAGCAUGGAGGAGUUUCAGACGCGUGUAGAACAGUUGCAGGCGUCUGCUAAAGCCCUUGGUGCCGGCUGUACAUCAUUGGUGGAGGAGCCGCGUUGGGUACAGGGCCCAUGCGAAGCCAAUACGAGCGGCGACACUAUCAGUAAUGUUUCUGGGGGUGGAGGUAAUGGAGUUGAGUGUGGGGCCGGCAACCGAAAGGCGAAAUUUGUUGCACAGGAGUUUCUUCUUCGUCAGAGCGAGUCAGAAACGCAUAUUGAGUUGCGUCUCGCCAUGUGUGGCAAUGUAGACAGCGGGAAAUCAACCCUGACGUCGGUGCUCACGCACGGCUGCUGCGAUGACGGAAGAGGUUCAGCACGCGCGUUGGUUUUUAAGCACAAACACGAGGCAGCCACGGGGCGCACCUCAAGCGUCAGUGAGAACCACCUCGGACUCUCCUCAACAGGGGAGGUGGUGAACUACACCGCUGCUGCACAGAAGCGUUUGGGGGGUCCUGGGAAUGCAACCUCCGCCGGACAGCUUACUGAGGUGGUGACGCGGAGUGCAAAGGUCCUCACAUUGUAUGACCUUGCCGGUCACGAGCGGUACCUCAAGACGACGGUGCUUGGCAUGACGCGGAAUAUGCCUGACUACGCCUGCGUUGUGAUUAGUGCCAACAAUGGUAUUCAACGCAUGACAAAGGAACACAUCGCUCUCUGCCUCGCCCUCAAGGUUCCUUUCUUUGUGGUCGUUACUCGCAUUGACUCCACCCCGGAGAACGUACGACAGGAGACGUUGACAAACAUUCAUAAAUUGCUUAAAAUUCCGACUGUGCGUAAACUGCCGUACCCGGUACGUCGCGUCGAUGACAUCGUGCUCACCGCCAAAAACCUGCGUGCUGAUCGCAUUGUGCCCAUUUUUGAGGUGAGCAACGUCACAGGGGACGGGAUACAGGUUCUUGUUCGUUUUCUUAAUCUUCUUCCAGUGCGGAAGGAUUGGCGCAAGGCCAGGACGCUGCCCCGCGAAAUGGUAAUUGACAACACGUUCUUUGUGAAGGGUGUCGGUACAGUAGUUGGUGGUAUUGUGACGCAAGGGGUAUUUUAUGCGAACGACACGGUGCUGCUUGGCCCUGACAGCUUCGGUGCUUACCGCACUGUGCACAUCAAGUCCAUUCACGUGAAGGGCAAAGAGCAGCAGGAGGUUGUAGCUGGUUGUGACGCGACGUUUUGUCUCAAGAAGGAGAAACGUAGCGCCAUACGCAAAGGCAGCAUUCUCACCGACCCGCGCCUCCCUGUCGAGGCGUACUGGCAGUUUGAGGCGGAUGUCACGAUCCUCUACCACUCCACAACAAUAUUGGUGAACUAUGAGCCCGUCAUUCACUCUACUACAGUGCGACAGUCCGCUCGCAUCGUGUACGUGGCGCAGGAGGUUCUCCGCACCGGGGACCGGUCACUCGUGCGAUUUCACUUUCUUUACCGCCCGGAGUUUAUGAAGGUGGGGCAGCAGCUUAUCUUUCGCGAGGGGCGCACGAAGGGAGUUGGGACCGUGACGAAGGUCAUCGUUGACCAGUUGGACUCGGUCGUCUGGAAGAAGCGACGGCGGUAG